AUAGCAUGGUGUAGAAGAAGGGAGAGGGAUCUGGAGGUCCAGGGUGCGCGGGAGGAGAGCGACGGGUUAAGACCAAACAAUCCCCAGCGCUGGGCUCGCCAUGUUGACUUUCUUCACCACUCUUCCAGCAGUGGUAACCUGCUAGCUUCACCACCCACAGAGUGAUGUUGGAGCUGUUGUGGAGGAGAAAGAGUGAGGAAUUUCAGAAGACAAAACUAUGGCAAAACCAACAGGAGGUGUUGAAAAUAAUGCAACACUACAGGAGUUGGAUAACCUGAGUGACAUUAGUGAUGAUGUGGAUGACAUCCUUAACCAGGAGGAUCUAGCAAAUUCGAACGCGGAAAAUGGACAUGCAAAUAAUGGGUAUGUGUCGGAGGAGGAAACUGGUCAGGAUUUACUCAAUAUGGAAGACUUUGAAGUGGUUGAUGCUCUGGUGGACUUUGAAGUGGUAGAUUCUGUCGAGGACUUUGAAGUGGUAGAAGCUCUGGAAGAUAGAGAGGAUCCUCAUGAAUCACAAAAUAUGAGCCAAGUGCAUGCCUCUGGCAUCGCAGAGAGGGACGUCAAGGACAAGCAAGUUGCACGCGCAAGUGCUACAGAAACGGAUCAAACAAACAAGAGCAAAGAAUGCAAAGAUGAAAAAAAUAUUCACAAAUCUAAAGAUUCUUCAAAAUCACAUGAAGAGGGAAAGAGUAAUGACUUCCGUAGAAGAAAUAAAGAUAAUUUGAGGGAGUGUGAAAACUCUGGUGGAAUAUACAAGGCAAGUGGUAAUCAGAGGGAAAGUCAUUCUGGAAGGUCAGUUGACAAACAAAGUUCAAUUAAAUCAUCUAGCGACAGAUCCAAUAAAAAGAAAGAUGGUGCCGUAGUAGAAGCGAAGAGUGACGGUAAGAGUAUGUAUGUCAGAGAGGAAAAAAAUGAUUGUGGUAAGGAGAAUUCUCAGAGAAUUACUAAUAAACGGACAGAUUUACAAUUGCCUGAUGAGAAAGAGAAGCCUGACCAAGUUCUACCAAAAUGCAUUAUGAAAGCAAGUGACCAACUCAGUAAAUUAAAUAAGGAUGGAUCUAUAAAAUGCAUUUCUGAAGACAUAAAUAUUACAAUAUCCCAGAACGAAGAUAAGAAAAUUAUUGAAAAUAAGAAAGACACUUUAAGUAAUUCGGGCAAACAAGAAUUGAGUGCAAGGUGUGGAACAGACACUGUGAGUUGUGAAACCAGCUGUGCAAGUUGUGGAGCAGCUGGUGCAGGCUGUGAUGCAGCUGGUGAUACAGCUGAGAAUGUCAACAUCUGUGAGUUGAGCAGGUCCUCUUGUGAGAUAACAAGUGAUACCUGUGAGUUGCCUGGCAAUAAAGAUAAUAUUUUAGAUUUUCUUCUAGAAAAACAGAUUUCUCAGGGAGAGAGCUCUUUUGAUAUAGAGCUGAGACUAGUUACUGAGGAUUCUAAACAGAAUACUGCAAAAUCUAGGCUGGCAAAUAGGAAUCUGAAAAAAGAUCCCAAGGCUAAGCAUGCAUACAAGAGUUUGAAGGAAGAUAACAUAAAGCUUGAGCAGACAACUAAGCAAUGUUCUAAGCUGCAGCAGGCAGUUAAGUUUUGUAAACAGGAUUGCAAACAAAAAUAUCAGAAAUUUAAUUGUGAAACUGAACAUUCUCAAGAGGAAAAUCUAUUUUCUAAUCAGGUAGUUGGCGAGCCACGUCUGUACAGGUAUAGCAAGGUGGUUAUAAUUGGAGAUUCUCGCAUCAAGCACUUAGAAGAUGUUGGGAUAAAGAGUACAUUUGGCCCUCUGGAGAUCAAGUGUGUGCCAGACUUGACCCUUGAUAAUCUGGAGGAAGCUGUUAAGCAUUAUGCUGAUAAAAGCAAUUGCCCUCGAGGAAUUUUGCUCAUUUGUAGUGUUGGCAUCUAUGAUAUGAUUGACUUAAAUAACAAUUUAUCCUGCCAGAAAACGCAGUGUUCGUAUAACCAUAAACCAUUGAAACAAAUUUGUGAUGUAAAAAAACAUUCAGCAAAUGUUUAUCGCACUUUAGUGACUGUGAAUAAGAAAUUAAAACAAAUGUUUGGUAAACAUUCUGCAGUGUUCUUUACAACUGUUCUCCCAGUAAGGAUUUCAAAUUAUAAUUUGUUUCAGAAACGUGUUCACAGUGAGAGCACUGGACAUGAGCCAGUUUUUUACAAACGACAUUGGAAUGCUAAUAUGGAAAAACAAAUUCAAAAUAAGGUAUUUAAAUUUAACAUAGAAGUGGCCGAGUUAUGUGUCCGGGGAGAUGGUAAGGAGAUUGUUUGGGGCCUGUUACCUCUUAAACCAGAGUUCAAAGUAUAUGUAGAUGAAUAUUUAGAGGAUGGGCUGAACCCAUCAAGAGAUGCAACAGAAAAUUAUAUGAUUCCCAUGCUAAAAUAUACCAUUAAGCAGUAUCAUAUGAACAGGUACCAGGAAGUUGUGCUUAUUGGUGAUUCCAGAUUACAUAAAGUGGAAAAAGUGUGGCCUAUAAAUGAUGGAGAGAUGGUCACUAUAUUUACACAGUGCAAGUUGUCCUUCCGAGCUUUGACUGAAGACAACCCCAUUGUGAAGGAAAUUUCAGGCAAGAAGGAUGCACUUAUAGUUCUUAGUUUAGGCAUGUAUGAUAUUAUAAACUUUGUUGCAGAAGAUGGGUGUGACUCCCAUAAGAUGAAAUUGGAAUUACCCUCAUUAUGUUUAGAGAAUUUGGACUCUAGUGAUAAACUCUGGAAUGACUUUGUUAACUCACUGAAGAGCGUUGACGAACUUCUCCGUAAAGUAACGACUAACUGUGAUGUAAUAAUCACAACCAUUUAUCCAUUUGAUUUUCUGACCUUACAGAACUACUUGGUCAAGAGACACGCUGAAGAAACCGGACACAUUGUAACAAUUCCUUCACAAUCCAUGGAAAUAAAGGAAAAAUUAAACAGGAUUGGGCAGUUUAUAUUAGGAAUUAACAGGAUUGCAUUUACACUUGCUGAAGUGAAACAGUUGCCUGUCUGGGACUUUAACAGUUUGGUGUUUGGUAUUGAUUUGCCAAAAGAUAAUGUUCCUUUGUUUGAUGGUUUCCAUCCAACUGUAGUUGUAGCAAGAAGGAUAGCUAAAGCUUGUGUAAAGUUUGCGGACAAUUCUCUGUAUGUUUACAAUUCUUAUAAACAUCCUACUCAAAUAAAGGAUGACACUGAAUCUGACAAGUUGCUUCGUAUACGCCAGCCUGAUUUGUCUACAAUUAUGGAAAGCAAUACUUUGUCGCUUCCACCAACCAAUAUUGGAAAAAUAAGGAGAAUUAAGUGUAUUGAUCGACUGGGAGUUAGCAUUAUUAAUAACUCAUGCAGUAACAUUACAAAAAAGCAUUAUCUUUUACAAAUCACUUCUGCUUUAACAUUGACACCAUGUGUCUAUAUAAGUUAUGUAAAAGGUAACAGAAAAGCAAGUAGUGAUACUGAGUCUCUCUCUCCAGUUACCAUGGAAGACACACCAGUGGUAAGUGGAUUUUCCAAAAACUCUUAUCUUGAGUGUGUAUCUCCAACUGACUUGAGUCUAUCACCAUGUAGUUAUGUAGGUGAGGAGAGAGUGUUCAGCCCUGAAAGAGAGAACUUUCAGAGUCAAAAUUCCCUUCUUGAACCUGUCUCUCCAUCUUCAAUGCGUUUGUCAUCUCCAGAUUAUGAAGAAGAUAAAAAUGCUGAAUUACAUGAUAAAGCGAGCUUAGUUAUGAAAUGCAACUCAACAGAAAAUUAUACAGUAAACUAUACAGACAAUACCUGCAGCUUUUCAAAGUAUGGCACAUCUGAUUUGAUCUCUGCAAGACUGAAGAGUAGGGAAUUGUUGGGCAAAAAUGAUAAUGAUAACAGAGAGAACAGUCCCAAGAAGAAGCAUAGUCCAAAGAAGGACUAUAGUCCAGUGAGGGAGCUUAGUCCUUGGAGAUAUGGUAGCAAAGUCAGUGACCGCAGUGGCGGUAGAUGUUACAGUAUUGAGGAAAGUGACUGUUAUGAUAAAAAUCUUUCUAGUCCAGAAAGAAUAAGACGGGAGAGAUGUCACUCGCCUGUUAAACAGUACCCUUUAGAUAAAAAAACGUGGAGGCAAAGUCCAAGAAGAAGCUGCAGUAGAGAGGAGAUAUGGAGGCAAAGUCCAAGAAGAAGUUGCAGUAGAGAUGAAACAUGGAGGCAAAGUCCAAGAAGAAGUUGCAGUAGAGAUGAAACAUGGAGGCAAAGUCCAAGAAGAAGUUGCAGUAGAGAUGAAACAUGGAGGCAAAGUCCAAGAAGAAGUUACAGUAGAAAUGAAACAUGGAGGCAAAGUCCAAGAAGAAGUUGCAGUCCAGUCAGGCACUCGGGCCAUGGCUUCAAUGAUAGGGUCACCAAUGAGCACCUGAGACAAGACAGAAGAAACACCAAUUGGGAAAGAGAUUUGUACUCUCCUACAAAUUCUUUACACUGUAAAAGGUCACGGUCACGUUCCAUCUCGCACAGUCAUUCAAGCACAAGAAGAAGAAGAGGUUCAAGCAGUGGAAUUAAGGAAGAAAUUGGUUCAACUAGUAGAAUAAGAGAAGAGUAUGGUUCAACUAGUAGAAUAAGAGAAGAGUAUGGUUCAAGCAGUAGAAUAAGAGAAGAGUACGGUUCAAGCAGUAGAAUAAGAGAAGAGUAUGAUUCAAGCAGUGAAAGAAGAGACAAGUACAGUUCAAAGAAUUCUGUUAUUGUAUGCACACUGCGGUCUCUGCGUGAAGCUCAUGAUCAGGAAUGUGACAUGUAUAGAAAAGUUCCAGUUACUCAUCCUGAUUACACUAAAGAAUUUCGAGCAUUUGUUGAAAAGAAAAGAGAAAAAAUUGUUUCGCUCGGUGGUGAUCCAUACACAUAUGACAUGACAAAAGAAUGGGAAAUAUUUUGGAAGUCUCGUAUAGAGGAUAUAUUUAAUGAGUGCUGGGCAGUGAAGAGAGAUCAGUGUAUGUCAUUACUUCACAAUAAAAUUUACCCUCAUUCUCCCACUGCAUCUAGCUGCUCAGUGUCUUCAAGCAGAUCAUCAGAUGCCAGCAAUUAUAGUUCUAGAAACAGGAAGAGAGCUAAAUACACAAGAUCACCAAGUGUAAAUAGAAAGAAGAGCACUAAGAAAAUGAGGAGGACUAGAGAUAAAAAUAUAAGUGAUAGAAGUAGAAGUUCUUCCAGUCAUUAUGAAGACAAGGAAGAGCUGCUGGAACAUGAGAAGACUGAUGACAAACUUGGAGACCUUAUCAGAAAGAGGGAAAGAGAUAGUCACUACCAAAGUUCAAAAAGAUCAAUGGAGACAUCUUGGGAAAAUGAUCCAUUCACUAGAGAUAAAGGAAGUAGUCAUGUUGCUAACCAGAGAUUAGAAAAUGCUGGAAAUCCCAAAGAAAAUGUGGAUCUGAAUAGUAUGACAGGAAUUAUUGAUGAACUUCUACAACAUUUCACCAAGCCUGAAAAUACAGCAAAAGUUGAACCAUUGUCGUCUUGCAUAUCAAACGAAGUUAGUCAGCCUGGUGACAGGCAUACUAGUUUGGAUGAGAAAUCCGACAAGAAUCCAUUAAAGAUUGAUCUAUCAGAAAAGACAAACUUUACAUUAGAUGAUUCACUUAAAAAUCUUUGCGACAGGUUUCCUCAAAAGGUCGAUCAGUUGAAAUAUACAGAGAGACAUUUACCAGAAGAAGAGGUAUCUUCCACAACUCCUCCAGAAAGUCUUACAGAUGACGUGAUUGAUGUUUUAGAGACAUUAGGUCAUUUAGAUGAGAGGUUGGGUGCAUUCCUGAGCCCUGUGAAGUUAUUACAUGAAAAGGCACUAAAAUUGAAGGCUAGUGGACAGGAUACCAUGAAAAUUUUUGAUGAAGUUGAUAACAAAAUUUUGUUACACUUGACAAGGGACAAAUUUAAAAAUGCAGUGAAAGGUAACACACUGAAUAUCAUCCAGAAAGCCAUCAUUCAGGAAGCUGAACAAAAACUAAGCCUUCUUCUUGAAAAAGAAAAAGAUCGGUCUUUACUCGACGAUUUAAAUAUUGAUAGUAUAGCUUGUGCAUGUCUUGGAAAAAGUACAGAAGAAACUACAACGUUUAUUGAAAAUGCUUUGAUGUAUCAUGGUCACACUGAUGUUCCUCAGGAUCAGUUUAAGAGGAUCCACAUGGCAGUUAAGGCAGAACAAGCAAAGAUAUUCCACCUCACUGUUUAGAGCUAGUCUCCAUUUUUCAUUCACAUAUAAGUACUGUAUUUAAUUUGGCUCUUCCUGCACCACAAGCUGCACUACAACAUGUCCCUGCUAUACCACCAUGGUGAAUACCUGUAUGGUCCUGAAGCUUUGCCUAGGUCUAAAAUUAUAUCACCUCACUCCCCAUGUUGUACAACAUGCUGCUGCAUCACAACCUGCCCUUCACCACAACCUGUCCUUCACCACAACCUGUCCUUCACCACAACCUGUCCUUCACCACAACCUGUCCUUCACCACAACCUGCCCUUCACCACAACCUGCCCUUCACCACAACCUGUCCUUCACCACAACCUGCCCUUCACCACAACCUGCCCUUCACCACAUCCUGCCCUUCACCACAACCUGCCCUUCACCACAACCUGCCCUUCACCACAUCCUGCCCUUCACCACAACCUGCCCUUCACCACAACCUACUAACAUCACCACCACCACCACCUUGUUUUACAAUGUGUCAUUAUGCCUGGAACCUUUAUUGCCUUUUAUGACUUUUCAGUCAGUGGUGGAAGAUCUGUGACAAGAGGUAAUAUGUCUUUACCAAGCUUCAACAGGUUUAUCAGUUGACUUUCAAGGUUAGUGUGAAGAAAUGAUUCAAGAUUAAUCUACAUUUAGAUUCACAAACAAGAAUUUUGUAAGAGCUUUCAACUGUCUACAUAUUGUGGAAUUUGAAAGUGAUUAAUCUUAUGUUUUAACAUUAUAGUUUAAUAGUGUCCAUGUGUGGAGGUCUGCAAGUGAUGUAUCUUGCCAGUUUAUCAUCAUUGAAUUGUGUGCCAGUCUGGAGGAGUCUGAAUGUGAGAAGCUCUAUUCAAAUACAAUAUUAUAUACAAUAUAACACACUUCAAAACAUCUGUAUACUCCUGCAGCAUUUGUGCUGGUGACAACAUAAUACUCUUGUGUAGUUUCACCAAUAUUAUCAAUAAGAAAAUUGCCAAAGGGUUGUGUUUUCUGUUGUUGAGUAAGGAUGUAACUAAAAAAAUUGAUUUUUUUAUAAAAAAAAUGAGUAUUGUAUACAUCACACAAUGCAGGUGAAAUGCCCUUGACGGCAUCUGUUAAUAUUUAUACCCUUCAUUUGCAACAGUUAUUAAUGAACAACUGCUCAUUAUUAUUAUUGGAAUGACUUGUGGCUAACAUCGACUACUGCGUUGUAUAGACUAAACACGUCAUAGUUUAUGACUCUGCUUCUUUUCCUGUGUUAUUAUCUUACUAACAACCUAGUCUAUCCUUAAUUCUAUACACACUUAAUAUUUAAUGUGCUCAAAAUGUUAUUUUUCUUAAUAUCUAGACAUUCUCCAUUUAAUGUUCAUAUUGGAAUUUUAGCUUGGAUUAUUAUUGCUUGUAAAUAAUAAGCUAGUAAAACUGUAAACACAGGAAUCCACAAGUGAUGGCACAUAAAUGAACCAAGAUGUGUAGAUGUGUUAUACUAGUAUGCUAGGUUGGGAUUUAUGCCUGGGGCCAAGUAAUGGAACUGUGGUUAUAAUUUUCAGCACCAUGUGUGUGUAUUGUGUGCCUGGUGUAUUAUAAGUAAGUAAUUAUCAAAAGAAGGCACCAAGCCAGGGAGACUAUGUAGCGUGUGCAUGGUGUGUGAUCCUCUUUUUGUAUGUAUUUAUAUGUGAUGUGCUUUGGUUUGUGUUAACCAGGGAGCCCCUCAAGGAAGUAAUGGUCGGACUUGCUCCCCAUGUAGAUGUUAUGAUAACCAAGUAAAAUAAUAAUAGUCGGAUCCAUUUUUGUAUAGUCAUCAAAAACUAUGGCACAGAGAUAAAAUUGGUAGUUUUCAUAACUUAAGGAGAAAUGGCAUAGUAUUGACAGUUUUAAUGUUACCAUCAUGUACUGUAUUAGACAGUAAUCAGAACUCAUCAUCAUCAGAGAGGUACUUUUCGUGGCACAAUUGUUUUUAUCACAUUUGUUUAUCAAGAUUUAUUUUAGCAUUAAGAUAUAUAUGUAUAUAAGAGUGAAGAGUUUUCAGUGUACAGAACAUAUGAAUUAGUGCUUCAUGCUAUAAUCAUGUAUACUGUACUUAAGUGUGAUAGGUCCUACAUAUAUUAUUUGCUAUCUGUUACUUCUUCUAGAAGUUAUGAUUCCAUCUUUUGUGAAAAAAAUUCAGUUAAGUCAGACAAUAGUAGAGUGACUUGGCACAUUUUAUACUGGUUUUAAUAAUUUUUUCAUGAUGCUUGAUAUUUUACUAAUCUACUUGCAGAGUAACUAUAUAUUUCUUCAGAAAUUUGACUACAGUAUCACAUUUUUUCUCUCCUUGUUUGUAAUACUGUAAUGGCAAAAAUGACAUUCUCUAAGGAAUUUGAAUUUUCACUUGGCACAACUAAUGUCCCACCUUGUCCAUGGUGCAUGCUGGAGUGCAGUGUUUGGUGGGACUUAGCUUUAACAUUUAUAUUAAACUGAAUCAUCCAUUAAUAAUUCUUAGUUCACAUUUUACUGGCUAAGACUAAGUGUUGCUGCUUAAAGCAGGGUGCAAUAGAAAUUGAAAAGAAUACAGAAUAAUUUGUGUGAAAAUGUUUUGGAUACUAAAAUAUUUGUAUAUUGUGGGCAUUGUGUUAAUUAUAAUUUUAGGCAAAAUAUAAAAUCAAUGUUCCUAAAAAUGCUACUAGUAAAAAGAACUGGACAUAACUUUGAUGUUGACACAAACUUUCCUUUGGUGACAUGUAUGGUUCUGAACAAGUGUUAAGUUUUCCUUCAUAGAAUAGCUUGUCAUUCCAUGGCCUUGAGUAUGAGCACAUAAUUCUACAAGUCUAUAGAUAUAAUUACAAAUACCUUUAUUAAUUGUCCUACAUCAAUAACAUGUGGAAUGUUCAUGUGCUUAAUUUUUAAUACUGUAUACUGUAUUACGGUUUAAAUAAUAAAUAUUACAGUCAGCCUUCGCAUAUUGAGUUCAAAGGAUGCAAAUUUUCCCCUGCAUAAUUUUGCUAAUGUAUUUUUUUAUUUUGAGUUUGGGUUCUUCCAUACUCAAGUUGAUGUAAUGUUCAUAGAGCUUGGGCUCUUGAUGGGGUGAUGUGUAUCACUGCAAGGAUGGUUUUUUUGCUUUGUACCACCCAUUGUCUCAUGCCACUAUUCAUCCCAGUUAAAUCCAAUAUUUAGACACUGUAUUUUGACCUCAUCAUUCCUUAAAAAUAUCAUGUGCUUUAUGGGUUUCAUUCCUGCAUAAUAGCUUCUAUGGGUACAGAAAUACUAAAUUGAGAGUAGACUUUUAGAUGGCGACAUUUUGCUUGUAAAUGUAGAGAUAAAUCCCUUGUAGAUAAAAUAUUUCUUUAGUAAGGUUUCCUUUGAACUUGGUGUUUCUCAGCAUCUCUUGUCAGCCAUUUGUGCUCUGUUCAACCAUGAUGGCUCCUCUCAGACAUUCUGCAACUCUUGCUGCACAUUAGUCCUUGAACUUAGCAUGCAGAAGGAGCAUUUGUAAUUCAUUGAUAAAUUAGAAAUGUUUGAAAGUAAAUAUCUUAAAAGUGGGGCAUUGCUGCUUUCUUUGAUCACUCUAUUAUGUGAAUAGGCAAGAUGAAGUGCAUAAACAGUCCAGUACUGUAUAUUUAUGAAAAGGUGUAAAUCUUGCUUUGGUAUGUAAGAAGGUCUAAGGGUCAAAGUGGCACAGGAUAGAGCAAUCAUCACAAUUUUUGCCAUCCAACAUAUGUAGUCAGAAAUACAUGUUAGCUUGAUGUAAACCAUAGCCGAAUGGAAAAAGUAUCAUGUCCAAUCGCCUUCCAGUGACCCGUUGAUGGGCGAGUCAGAUCAUGAUGACCCUCUCACCAGGUGUUUUAUGAUCUAAGUGAAUCUUUGGAACAUAUCCUAUUUUCCCAUGUAAAGUUAACUUUGUGCAAACUAUGAUCAUUUUUUUUUUAAGAAUGCAGGUAGAGGGCUGACUGUACUUGAUUUAUUCAAACUAAUCAUCAGAAUUUUCAAUCGAAAAAAUUCAACUCUGUUGUUAACAGUAUAAUAGCUCCGAUAAAUUUUUUACCAGAAAAUAUAAUAAAUGUAAAUUUUUUACCAGAAGAUAUAAUAAAUGUUUAUUAAGUUUCUUUUAUUUUAAGUAUUUUGUCUACUAAUCAACAUAAUUAUUGUGGGCUAAUUGGAAAUAUUAUUGAAACUUUUUUGCAUAUGUAACUGGAAUCAUUACUCUAUAAACUUAGGUCACAAAUCUGUGAUUAGAAAAUCUAAGUCAUUUCAUUAAAUUCUCCACAAUCUGCAUUAAAAAAUUCUAGCAUGCACAUACUGACAUCGGUUUAGCUGGCACACUUCAACUGUUUGUUUACAGAUUGCAUUAACAAUGAUUUAGGGAAUGGUUGUAUAUUACCUCAGUGAUGAGUGCAGUGAGCUAUAAAGUAGCCAGAGGGAAGUGGACUUUGAUCUCUUCAUCUUUGGCAAUAAUAUUUACCAUAUAUUGUAGUUAUUACAAAAAGGAUUGAAUAAAUGUAGAAGAGUUGUAAAUUUCAUUUAUUAUGGUAGGGUAUCUUAUGGACCAAAUACUGUAUGAACAUUAUGAGUUGAGAUUGUGCUAAAGGUACAAAUCACCAUCUUUACAGAACCAAAGUCAUGUAAAUAUAUUUGAUAUUCAAAUAAAUAUAAUAAAUGUCAA